AAAAUUUUGGGAAAUUUUGUGCCAAAGGCGGUCGGCCAGAAAUAUUUCCCAUUGAAUAGUAGUGCCCGCGAAACCUCGACGAUUUGCGCCGAUUCCCACCAACCACCCUCCGGACUCGACGUACUACCUCGCCGGAGCCUCCCACAAAACGUCCUCUACAGCGAUUGAGGAUCUUUCGAAAAAGAAAUAGUUUAUUUCAAGAGAGCGAAGACGAUCUAGCACAACACCGCCAAGAUGCCCAAGUCAAAGCGCAACAGAGUGGUCAACCUGACCCAGGUGAACAAGAAGACGCGCGAGCAAAAGGACAAGCUCUUUUCCAACAUUCGCGAGUCGGUGCCGCAGUACCAGCACUGCUUCGUCUUUGGCGUCAACAACAUGCGCAACAACUAUCUCAAGGAGGUCCGCCACGAGCUCAACGACUGCAGACUCUUCUUCGGCAAGACAAAACUCAUGGCCAAAGCCCUAGGCCAAGACCCCUCCUCCGCCGUCGCAGACGGCAUCGAGCGCCUCACCCCCUUCCUCGCCGGCACCGUCGGCCUAAUCUUCACCAACCGCGAUCCGGCCUCCAUCCUCGAGUACUUUGACGGCGUGAGCCCAGUCGAUUUCGCGCGCGCGGGCACCGUCGCGACCCGCGACUUCGUCAUCCCGUCGGGCGUCGUCUACGCCACCGGCGGCGAGGUCCCCGCCGAGCACGACGUGCCCAUGGAGCACAGCAUCGAGCCCGAGCUACGUCGCCUGGGCAUGCCCACGCGCAUGGUCAAGGGCCGCGUCUGUCUCGGUGGCGAUGAUUCUGGUGAGGGCGAAGGGUAUACCGUCUGCAAGGAGGGAGAUGUGCUUGAUAGCCGGCAGACGAGGCUGUUGAAGCUGUUUGGGAUUUGUUUGAGCGAGUUCAAGGUCAAGGUUCUUGCAUACUGGAGCUCUGCAUCAGGCAAAGUGACCGAGGUGAACCCCAACGCCAUGGACGGCGUCGAGGUCGAGAGCGACUAAACACAGCCAAUUGCUAUGAUCAAAAGAACGUAAAAAAACAAAACGAAAAGAAAGCUUCUAGACUUUUGAUGAAUUUGCUUUCCUCAUGUAGGCUUGAUACCAUCAUGGAUUGCGAAAAGGGGUGGGACCAAACAAAAACAACUUUUUACGGCGUUUAACGGGCGGGGGUUUUCACUAGAUUAUUAUUAAAAAGUCA